AUGGUUAUGAAAACCUGCACUGAAAUUGAAGACCAAAAUUCAUGCCUCACAAAUGUGCAAGCUGAGCUCAAAACUAUGGCCCCUGACAAUCAAAAUUCUGCUUCAAUCCUGACUGCUGCGAUUAGGCACACACUUAAUGAAGCAAGAGCUGCAAUUCAAAGAUCACAAAGUUCAGUUCUUUAUCCAUCAGUUACAGAGAACAACUAG